CAGCUUGAAUAGGCCAGAAAUCAGAAUACAAAAACAAAGUUAUUAGAUUACCAAAAUGGCGAACGUCCUUAUUCGCCUUGCUAGUGAAGCUGACUUACCAGCCGUUUUAGAGAUGUCGAAGGGUGUAUAUGGAGGCAAUGAUUACUUCCUUUCCGAGUUUCCGAAGUUUCUGAAUGACCCAAGUCGACGAAUUUUGGUUGCAGAGAAAGACGGCAAAGUUGUCGGGUUACAAGUCGUUCAUAUUGUUGACGAAGGUGAAACAUCCAUUGUUCAAGGUUUGCGUGUGCAUCUCAAAUAUCGUCGUCAGGGAAUUGGCGAACGAUUGAUUCAAGAAUGUCGAAAUUAUGUGAACGAGAAUUUCCCACAAGUUAAAUUUGAGCGAUACUCAGUAAAUUCGCAAAGCGUGGAACGUCUGGGAAUACAAAAGAAAUCAACUGACAUUUUAUUUCACACAGUUGUAUUUUUCGCAUGUGUUGUGAAUGGUAAUGCGUCUGAGUUGAGCUCUAGGCUUGGACGCUACUUUUCUGACCAGUCGACUAACUUAAAAACUUUGGAAAAGGUUGAGUUUGAGAGUGUCCUAAACCAAGGAAAGCUGUGUAAUCUCUUGUUGAAAGAUACAUAUAUCGUUCAUUGGCAACCUUUCAAAGCUCGUGUAUCCAAUAUUCUCAAUGGCUUAUUCAAGGACGGUGAUUCAAUCUUCGCUUCUUAUUCUGGUGAAUCCAUCGAAUCAUUAAGUCACUCUCGGUGGUGUCCAACUGAGAAAUGUCCUCAAUUAUAUACCGUCUGUUACACGCUGGAUAAGAAGUUGCUUCAAGCACAUGUUGUCAAGCAGCUGGAAAAUGCAAUCCUACAACACCCGGGGGAAACAUUUCUUUUUGUUCCGCUCGUUGAUACAUCGCUGGUUGAUUGCGCGUCUCAACUUUUGCUAAAUGAUCUCUCCUUAAAGAAGUUAAAGGAUGAUUUUGGAACAAAGGAAUAUUAUUAUCUCUACUUUUUUGAAAAGUCUCUCAUAUGAUGAUGUAAAUCUGCCGUUAUACCUCCCUAAUAUAAUAUGUAAGAGAAUGGUGGAAGUUAAUUAGCGUUUUAUUUGUAAAUAGUAGCAUAAUUCAUAACAGUCCGUUUUGUUUCCAAAAUUUUGAACUGACAAAAACGUAAUAUGUAACUAUUGUCAGUUAGGUCUAGUUUCUAAUAAGCUCCUAGCUAGCCCUAUACCAUAGUUCAAAUCACAAACAACAAUGUAACAACUGAAGCUAAAUGCCUAUAAAUACUUAUAAAUUGGUG